AUGUAUUCUUUUGAAAGACUUUCACCUCAGAAUUAUUACAGGCAUGGGCUUCCUUAUCAUUUCAAGUUAAAAGUGACAAGAAAGGAUGGAGAGCCAAUCAAAGGCAGAGUGAUGUCAGUCUGUGCUGGAAGUGUCUGUAAAAAUGUUACCUUGGACGACAAUGGAAUUAUUGAUGUUCUCUUUCCUUCCAGUGCCUUGAGUGACAAUAAUCAGAUCCUGGUGACACCAGACGAGCCUAAGCAAGAGAUCGGUCCCCUGGGUUACUUCUAUUCAUCAAGGUUUUACGACAAGCCUCUGUUUUAUCACUCUCCCUCACUCUCCAGUCUUCAACUCGAGAUGCCCUCAGAAGCAUUGGAAUGCGACGCUGGAAUUAGGGAUAUUGACAUUCCAGUCUUCUUCAUCAGUAAUGGGACUUCGAAAGCGUUGAUGAGAACACAGCUGGUGUCAGCGGACCAGGUCCUGUGGACUGAAGUCAAGGAGUACGACCUCACAGCCUCUGCUCUCCCGAUAGACCAGUCGAAGUUCAUUGAACCAGAGGGCAGCAUCGAUGCUGGACUUGUCAGAGGGAAUUUUGUUGUCAAGGUUCCUGUGCAAACAAACCUCUUGUCUGACCUCAAAGUACUAAUGUGGUACGCAAGGGACGACGGAGAAGUCGUUUCAACGUCUGGCAAUGUGGAAGCCAAACAGUGUCUCAGCAACCCUACUACGCUGGCCUUUUCAUCGCCCAAGGCAACUCCAGCACCCAAAGAUCCUGUGACACUGACCAUUUCGGCCACGCCUAAGUCUGUCUGUGGUAUUGGUGUGGUUGACAGAAGCGUGGAAAUCCUGUCCAGAGAUCAGCCUGACAGACUGACAAACUCUGCCAUUUUUAGAGUCUUGGACCAGGCAAAAAUAUCAUCCUACGAAAAUACACAAAUCAACACUCAAGAGUAUUGCUAUGGAACUAAAAGCUAUGGAAAUUCCUAUGAUGUUGUCCCACGAUCCGAUAAUUACCCAGAUUACUUCAGCUCUGAUGUUGAUGCGAUUCAAGCUUUUGGUGAUGCUGGCUUACUCGUCUUGACAGAUCUAACAGUAGAGACAAGGCCCUGUCCGACUUACAACUUUGGAUGGGGUGAAUAUUUACAUUAUUUUUUGGGGGGGUCUAAAAACUUGAGACAGGCUCAGAGACCAGGUGUCUCAGAUGUGAUAUGA